AUCUUGUAUUUCUAGUAUCUUUGGUUAAAAUUGAAAACACAGUUGGAUACGAUUUCAGUGAGGAGCGGUUCUUGAGGAAAAAGUUUCUGGUUGUUUAUCCCAUAUUUUAAAGGCUCCAGUCCAUAAGAAAAGGCGUGUAGUAAGGCCUUAAGUACUUAAAGUUAAACAUAGGUAUUUUAAUACGAGGAGGUAGAAUAUAAAUAAAAAGCUUCUUUGACUUUAGCCUACCCGCAUCUUCUGAUUACACCAUCCAACAAUCCCACCACCACGUUGAACGUUGAGAAUUCAUCCAUUUCAUUCUGGUGGUAGGCUAGUUCUUCAUAUUGACUGGUGAAAAAUGAACAUGGAUACGAAUUCAACGGCCAUGCCAAUGAACCACAGCAUGGGUAUGGGACCAUCUGGAAUGCCCCACACUGGUCACAUGGGCCAUACUAUGGGUAUGGACCAUACUAUGGACCAUACUAUGGACCAUGGGGAUCAUGGUAGUGAUGGUGGGAUGAAUCAUAUGAUGCAGAUGACUUUCUACUUGAGUACGAGUGUAACAAUCUUAUUUGAUGAAUGGAAAGUAAGCUCAGUUGGAGGUUUAAUAGGAUCGUGUGUUGCUGUAUUUUUCCUUGCUGUCUUGUACGAGGGAUUAAAAGUGAUGCGAGAAACAUUGCUGCGUCGUUCCGUUGUCAAUGUACGCUACAAGACCAUGCAGGUUGCAAAGGGAAGUGAAACUGUUUUGACAGAAACACAUGGGGCAGGAGAAACUCGUUGGUUGAGUGGUGCGCACUUCUUACAGACACUCUUACAUGUAGUCCAAGUCACCAUCAGCUACUUUCUCAUGCUGAUCUUCAUGACAUAUAAUGGCUGGUUAUGCAUUGCAGUUGCACUCGGAGCUGGUACUGGAUAUUUUUUAUUCGGUUGGAAAAAAGCCAUCGUGGUGGAUAUAAAUGAACAUUGUCAUUAAUCAUACCUAUAUUUUUCAGAUGGUAUUUUUGAAAGAAUGUUUUUUAAAAGUUUAUUAUAGAUGAAGUGAUUUUGAUAUGAAACUUCAACUCCAAAAAUAUAUAGGUUUGUCUGGAACAUCAGGUGUUUCAAAAGUGACAUUGAAACUGAAGAGGCAACUUAUUUUACAUUUAUUUUAAGCGACUGAUAAAAUAAUCUUGACCAAUAUAUAUAUUAGAUUAGUAUUAACAUAGUCAGUACUAGGUUAAAAUGGAGAUUCUCGUACUCUUGGACAUCUACAUUAAAAAUUCACAACACCUAAUUCCAAUUCAGUAGUGGCGCCCACUUCUGCUGUUGUCGGGGAUAUGCCUUAACCCUUCCACUGGGGACAUAAAGAGACAUCAAAGCCCUUUGAGGCAAAUACUGGAACCAUCACUGUUCCCUAAUUCUUAACUGGAAUCAAUUUUCAAAAAUGUAUAGUCAUCCAUAUUGAAAUAAUAUAAAAAGCAAAGAUGAUAUAGCAAAUAUGGUUUUUCUUCCGAAUUAUAAACGUUUACCAAUGGUGCUAUGUGAUUAGUAAUUAAUGUUUUUUAAGGAAUUUAUAUUUAUGAUAACAUCGAAUUCAAACCGUUAAACCCA